CGGUGGCCUAGAAUGCACUUCGAAGCAUUAUUUCCUCCUUGCCGCGAGAGGGCGCUGCGUCCAAGGCGCCUAGAGGAAGAAGUAAAGCAAGUCCACGCUGGGCCCCGACGCCUGCGUACAGACACCCGCGCGGUCUUAGGCUCCCUCUUUCUCUGCCAGAGGCACAGAUUGGACCCACGGGCGGGGCGUGAUGGUGGUCGGUACCGGAACCUCCUUGGCGCUGUCCUCCCUCCUGUCCCUGCUGCUCUUCGCUGGCAUGCAGAUAUACAGCCGCCAGCUGGCCUCCACCGAGUGGCUCACUAUUCAGGGGGGCCUGCUGGGCUCCGGCCUUUUCGUCUUCUCCCUGACUGCCUUCAAUAAUCUCGAGAAUCUGGUCUUUGGUAAAGGUUUCCAAGCAAAGAUCUUCCCUGAAAUUCUCCUCUGCUUGCUGUUGGCGCUCUUUGCAUCUGGCCUCAUCCACCGAGUCUGUGUCACCACCUGCUUCAUCUUCUCCAUGGUUGGUCUGUACUAUAUCAACAAGAUAUCCUCCACUCUGUACCAGGCAACAGCGCCAGUCCUCACACCAGCCAAAGUCACUGGCAAGGGCAAGAAGAGAAACUAAUCCUGAAUGACUAAUAAAGUUGAUCCUUUGUA